ACUAGAGCCAACUACACCAAACAAGAAAAGGCAACGUACAAAUUGGGUGGUAGUUAUUCUUCGAUUUUCUACUUUUUGUUUUAUAUUUGCUUUACAAAAAGAAAUUGAACACAGUGACCAGGAUGUCGACGGCAGUGAGACAAGAAAAGAAGAGUGACUGGGCAAAUCUCGAUUCAGAUGAAGAAGUCGAGCGUAUCAGUGAAAAUAUUAAUAACUUACGAACUUCAGAAAACGGGCAAAAGGAUGAAGAGCCCAAAGUGGAUCUAAGCAGUCGUAUUGGUCCCAAAGUUAGCGAGGAGCCUUUAAAACAGGACGAAACAAAAGUGGAAACCAAAGACGAAAAGGAGGGCGCUACUAAGGAUGAAGAAGAGAAGGCAAACGCGAAAGCGCAAGAAGAAGAAUCCAACUUAAUUCAAAACAAGAAUGAAGUACGCGUAAAGCUUGCUGACUUGCAAGCUGACCCUAAUUCCCCUCUCUUUUCUGUUAAAAGUUUUGAAGAAUUGAACUUGAAGCCUGAACUAUUGAAGGGUGUAUAUUCUAUGAAAUUCCAAAAACCAUCCAAAAUUCAAGAGAAAGCAUUGCCCCUCUUGCUCGCUGAUCCUCCUCGUAACAUGAUCGGUCAAUCCCAAUCGGGUACUGGCAAGACGGCAGCAUUUGCUUUAACUAUGCUUUCACGCGUCGAUACCACUAUUGCCAAACCUCAAGCCAUUUGUUUGGCCCCCUCUCGAGAACUCGCUCGUCAAAUCAUGGAUGUUGUAGAAGAAAUGGGAAAAUAUACUGGCGUACAAACUGCAUUUGCUAUUAAGGAUGUUGUUCCUAAAGGUCAAGUUAUAAAUGCUCAAAUUGUCAUAGGUACUCCUGGUACUGUCAUGGAUCUAGCCAAGAGAAGACAACUCGAUCUUAAACAAAUUCAUGCUUUUGUAUUGGAUGAGGCUGAUAACAUGUUAGAUCAACAAGGUCUGGCUGAUCAGUCUAUGCGAAUUAAGCGUUUAUUGCCCAAGAACACUCAGGUAGUCUUAUUCAGUGCCACUUUCUCUGAGCAAGUAGGAGAAUUCGCCAAGCAUUUCGCUCCUAAUGCCAAUGAAAUUCGUCUUAAAACUGAAGAACUUAGUGUCGAGGGAAUUCGGCAGUUGUACAUGGAUUGCCAGAGUGAACAGCACAAAUAUGAUGUGCUUGUCGAGCUAUAUGGUCUUUUGACCAUUGGUCAGUCUAUCAUCUUUUGCAGGAAGAAAGAUACGGCUGAGGAGAUUGCUCGACGUAUGGUUCAAGACGGACAUACGGUAUCUUGUUUAACUGGUAAUUUGGAUGGUGCUCAACGAGAUCAUAUUAUGGAUUCUUUCCGUGCUGGUACCUCAAAAGUAUUGAUUACUACUAACGUAAUCGCUCGUGGUAUUGAUGUUCUUCAAGUCAACAUGGUUGUCAAUUACGACAUGCCUUUAGAUUCUGCCAACAAGCCUGAUCCCCAAACUUAUCUUCACCGUAUUGGUCGUACCGGUCGGUUUGGCCGUGUAGGUGUUAGUAUCAAUUUUGUUCAUGAUGAAAAAAGCUGGCGAGAAAUGAAGGCGAUUGAGGACUAUUUUGGUCGCGCCAUAACACGCGUUCCUACGGAUGAUUAUGAAGAACUUGAGAAAGUCGUCAAGGAUGCACUUAAAAUGUAGAAUAGCAAUGUUUAGUUAGAUGGAAUGGUUUCUUGGUCUUUAGUCAUAAUAAAAUACUAGAAAAGACAUGGACGAGUAUAUCAUAUACGUAUUUACGAAGGUACCUACGUGGAUUGCACAAAGAAAACGCGAAAGACACUUACAAAGAUGUAAAAGAGACAAACACAAAAUAAAGCUAUAGAACAUA